AUGGAUAAUCCAAUCUUUGUCUCAACACAACAAGAACCAGUAGAAAUGAAUGCGUAUUGCUGUUGCAUCAUUUGUCAAAAGAAAAGUAUGUUUCUUGUUCAAAACCCUAAAAUUAAAACAACACGAUUUGUUGUGUUAAUUCUUACUUCAUUAAAAGUCCUAAAACCGGGGGUAGAGUAUUAUUCAUUAACAAAAGAUAUUCUUCCUUUUGUAAAAGAUCAUAUGCCUUUAUUUACUAAUUUAAAAAUAUUUAAAACAGGUAAAUGGAGAAAGUCUAUACUUGAUGCUUUAAAUCAUUCUCUUGAAGUUGAAUCUGGUAGAGAAGUUUGUAAAAAUAGAGGGUUUUACAAAUUAAAAAGUGAAAUUAAAAAAUCAACUGGUUCUACUGAAUUUUUUAUUUCAAAACAACAUUUAUAUGACCAAUUAGAUUUAUUGUCAAAUCAAAUUAUUUGUUCAGUCAAACUACUCUCAAAAUGGAAUAAAUUAUUAAACACUUCUUUUCCUCAACAACUAGCUCUAUCAGAAGAUUUGCUAAUAGCACAUAACUCACUUUGUUCAUCAAUACAAAGUUUGAAUGAUGUAAAGAAUUCCUUCUGUAAAUAA